AAAAUAAAAAAAUAUAAAUAGGUGCUCUAAAAAUCCACGUGGAAGAAGAAGAUAAAAAUAAGCACAAACACCGUUAACUUCACACCUUCAAAACUAUACACACAGUUACAUAUACGUAUAGGCAAUAAGAUUGACAAAAAAUACGGUGAUCCAAUUUCCGGUGAUCGGAUCUUCAAAUCGGAACAAUAUUCUCCAGUCUCAGUUGAUCUUUUUUUGUGGGAUUUGAUUGCUCUUGACAAACCAAUGGGGGCACCUAAACAAAAGUGGACUCCAGAAGAAGAAGCAGCUCUUAAAGCGGGAGUUCUAAAGCACGGGCCUGGGAAAUGGCGUACGAUUCUGAAGGACCCACAGUUCAAUGGAAUUUUGUAUCUCCGAUCUAAUGUUGAUCUUAAGGACAAGUGGCGGAACAUGAGUGUAAUGGCGAAUGGAUGGGGCUCACGAGAGAGGGCCAGGUUAGCACUAAAAAGGACACACCGCACUCCUAGGAACGGGGAGAGCUCUAUGUCUCAGUCAAUCGCAAGUCAAAGUGACGAUGAAAUAGUCGAUGGUAGGCCUCAUGCCCCUUCAGGCGAUUCUUCACCAAACGAUGGCCCAAAGAGAUCUAUUAUGAGGCUGGACAAUCUCAUAAUGGAGGCUAUAAACAGCCUGAGGGAGCCUGGUGGUUCUAACAAGACAUCCAUAGCUGCAUACAUAGAGGAUCAAUACUGGGCACCUCCAAACUUCAAGAGGAUAUUGUCUGCAAAGCUGAAGCAUUUGGCUGCAGCUGGGAAACUCAUUAAGAUUAAACGCAAGUAUAAAAUAGCUUCAGCUUCCGCGUUAUCCGAGAGAAGGAAUCCUUCCGAUCCCAUGGAAGGGAGAAAGAGAAUAUCUCCAAGAAUUGACCGUGACGACAUAAGUCAACUCAUGAAAUCUCAGAUUGAUUUAGAGUUAGCAAAGAUGAGGAGUAUGACUCCUCAAGAAGCUGCUGCUGCUGCAGCUCAAGCCGUGGCUGAAGCUGAAGCUGCAAUGGCUGAAGCUGAAGAGGCAGCUCGGGAGGCUGAGGCAGCCGAAGCUGAUGCUGAAGCAGCACAGGCUUUCGCAGAGGCAGCAUUAAAAACGCUUAAAGGAAGAAGCGCUACUAGGAUGAAUGUACAGAUGGUUCACACGUGACGGAGUUUGCUAAAACGACUAGCCACUUUGUAUUUUUUCUGUGAUCGAAGCUCAUUUGUCUGUAUGUCUUCUAUAGUCUUGCUUUACAAAAUGUAAAUAGAAUAAGACGAUGUUUAGCUUAAUAUAUGUGGGGUGGGGUGGGGUGGGGU